CUCCAGAUGGACGGGUGUUUCAAGUAGAGUAUGCUAACAAGGCUGUCGAAAACAGUGGAACAGCCAUUGGUAUCCGUUGUAGCGAUGGUGUGGUCUUCGGUGUAGAGAAGAUUAUCAUGAGCAAGUUAUACGAGAAGUCGUCAAAUCCGCGCAAUUUCACUGUUGAUAAACACAUUGCGAUAAUUUUCUCCGGCCUAUCUGCCGAUGCUCGUCAGUUAGUCAACCGCGCCAGGGAGGAAGCCGCAAACUACAGAACAACAUACGGUAGCACUAUACCCUUAAAGAUUCUGGCGGAGAGGAUCGCAAACUAUGCCCAGGUCUUCACACUUUACUCUCACGUACGGCCGUUUGGAGCUUCGAUCAUAAUCGGAACAUUCACUGAUGAUAAACCAGAGAUGUACGUGGUAGAUCCCUCCGGUGUGAGCGUGGGAUACUUCGGCUGCGCCGUUGGUAAAGGUCGACAGGCUGCAAACACAGAAGUCGAGAAACUCAAAUUGGGCGAGCUUACAAUGAAGGAAGCUGUGCACGCCAUCGCCAAGAUUAUCCACACAAUUCACGAUGAUGUGAAAGAUAAAGAAUUCAUUCUUGAAAUGAGCUGGGUGGGCAAGGAAACGCAAGGUCGUCACAGACCUGUUCCAGAUGAAAUCAUUCAGGAGGCAUCAGAAGCUGCUAAGAAGGCUCUCGAGGACGACAGCGACGAUGAUAUGGAAGAAUAGGCCAGAAUACAUCUCACGAACUUCAUUUUGAAACUAUCGCGAUCAGUAACUCAUGAAUAAAAGCAAACUGUAUC